AUGGGUCAUGAAGUAGCAGACUUUGCAAGAAUCCCGAAGAAAUAUGCACUAUAUUGCUACGACUACUGCUUGACAUUUGACCGCGAGGUCAAGUUUUUCUGGGGACGUCGACCGUCUCUUGCUGCCACAUUGUUCUUCACUUUUCGAUACGCUGCCCUCCUUAAUACGAUUCCGGAAAUCUGGACCCUAUGCUCAAGGACGUUGACGAAGCAGGUGAUCUUCGCAGCGCUGCGAGUAUAUGCCAUAUAUCGACGAAGCCAAUUGGCCUUUGGUGUCGUCUUGGUAUCUGGGCUAGCAGCUCCAGCGGUCGUUAUUGUACGCAAUUCCAUCUGCGAUUACAUUUUGUCCAAAGUCGUAUUUUCUCUGCUGCCGCACUUCCGAGUGUGCACUUUAGGCAUCCUCGGCGGUACACAAAGCUAUGAGUGGCGAGAGUUCCGCGUAGCACCUUUCGGACAGCGCGCGACGCUUAGGGAAAUCCUGCUGCGCGAUACUGCACUGUCCUUCGGGUGGGCAAUGUCACGCGGGGGUACAUGCGACUUCUAA